GCUUAUUGUAUUCUCAGUCGUUGAGUCGUUGAGCUGCACCAGUGCCCAUCAGCCGUAACUUCACAAGUCAAGUUCUAAAGUAGAGUAUUAUUUAAAAUUUAAAAAAAAUGGCCUGCUGGGAAGGAAAGAAAUACAAAUUGGACUCGAGUGAAAACUUUGAUGAGUACAUGAAGGAAUUGGGCGUUGGCAUGGUGCUCCGCAAAAUGGGCAACACUGUUUCCCCCACUGUGGAGUUGAAGAAGGAUGGCGAUGUUUAUACCUUCACAACAUCUUCAACUUUCAAAACAUCUACCAUCAGCUUCAAGUUGGGCGAGGAGUUCGAUGAAGAAACUUUGGAUGGCCGUAAAGUGAAGUCGGUCUGCAAAUUGGAGGGCAACACUCUGACCCAAGAGCAAAAGGGUGAUAAGCCAUCAACCAUUGUUCGUGAAUUUACCGAUACUGAGCUCACCACUACCCUAACUCUUGGCGACAUCAAAUGUGUGCGUGUGUACAAAGCUGUCUAAGCCGAAAACUCCUCAAAUGCCUUCUUCAUUAUGGAUAACUCUGACCAUUUUCUGCAUGGAGACCUCGAGACGACUGAGAUCAUUUCCAAUUGUUUUUUAUUUAAGUUCCAAGUAAUAAUUGUUAUUAGAUAACAAUUUUCUAGUUUUGUAUUUAAGGUCUUUGUAAAACCAAGCUUUUGGUUGCAUUUGAUAAAAAUAUACUGAAAUAACUCUGAAUGAAA